CCACCGGAAGCAGGAGAACUUGUCUGAAGUGAAGCAGUAAACAACCACAGUAGAACCAAACUGUGUGAGAGUUGAGCUGCCUUGGGCGCUGUACGUCAGAACCCGGGAGACUGGUGACGUCUUACAGAUUUUAUUAAGUUGCCUCAAUGUCUGGAUGAGAAAAUCUGUUCAACGAAUAACCAAGGAAGAAGCAUCGGCGCCAUGAAUCCGUCCAACCCGUUUGGCAAUCCACAAGGGGGCGCUUUCCAGGCCCCUAGCAACACCAUGAAGACGGGCUUGUUCCCAUCAUUCGGACAACAGAGCUCCAGCAAUCCGCCACAGACUAUGGGAUUCUUUCCACCGUCAGCUUUUGGUCAGCCUGCUGCCGCAAAUCAGGCCCCACCUCAUGGAAGCUCAGUGUUUGGACAGGCUCCGGCGUUUGGACAGAUGUCCACACAGCCUUCCUCUUCACCCAUGAUAAACCAGGCUUCAACAUUUGGACAGAUGUCUUCACAGCCUUCCUCUAUGAACACAAUGAGCCAGGUCCAAGCCUUUGGACAGACGUCUGCACAGCCUUCGUCUUUGAACACGAUACGUCAAGCCCCAGCCUUUGGACAGAUGUCCACACAGCCUUCCUCUUUGCCCACAAGAACCCAAGCUCCGGCGUUUGGACAGAUGUCUUCACAGCCUUCCUCUUUGCCCACAAGAGCCCAGGCUCCGGCGUUUGGACAGAUGUCUUCACAGCCUUCCUCUUUGCCCACAAGAGCCCAGGCUCCGGCGUUUGGACAGAUGUCUUCACAGCCUUCCUCUUUGCCCACAAGAGCCCAGGCUCCGGCGUUUGGACAGAUGUCUUCACAGCCUUCCUCUUUGCCCACAAGAGCCCAGGCUCCGGCAUUUGGACAGAUGUCUUCACAGCCUUCCUCUUUGCCCACAAUAACCCAGGCUCUGGCGUUUGGACAGAUGUCUACACAGCCGUCCUCUUUGUCCACAAGAACCCAGGCUCCGGCAUUUGGACAGAUGUCUUCACAGCCUUCCUCUUUGUCCACAAGAGCCCAGGCUCCGGCAUUUGGACAGAUGUCUUCACAGCCUUCCUCUUUGCCCAUAAGAGCCCAGGCUCCCGUGUUUGGACUGAUGUCUACACAGCCUUCCUCUUUGCCCACAGUUAGCCAGGCUCUGGCGUUUGGACAGACAUCUGCACAGCCUUCCUCUUUGCCCACAGUAAGCCAGGCUCCUGUGUUUGGACAGACAUCUGCACAGCCUUCCUCUUUGCCCACAGUAAGCCAGGCUCCAGCGUUUGGACAGAGUAGCUCAGCCUUUGGGAUAGCUUCAGCACAAGCAUUUGGACAGACUAGUGGACCAAACCAAAGUUCAGUGUUUGGGCAGACUUCUGCAUUUGGUCAGGCAGCAGGAUUAAGCCAGCAGGCUCCAGGGUUUGGCCAACAGCCACCUGGAUUUGGAAAGUCCCAAAUGCCUCCUGUAUCCACCACUGCCUUAGGGCAACCUCAGGCACUUGCAUUUGGGCAGCCUUCUUCUACCAGUGUCCCCACCACUGUAUUUGGCACAGGUCAGAGCGUGACCCAGAGCGUGACCCAGAGCGUCGCCCAGAGCGUCGCCCAGAGCAAACCCUUUGGACCGUCAGAAUUCAGUUUCAAGCCGGCCAAUGAGGCACUUUUCAAACCCAUCUUCAGUGCCAGCCCUGAGCCUGCUAACCCUCAAACCACAUCCAUGUCUAGUUCACCGUUUGGCAGCAAUGGGAACCAGACAAGCACCACCACCAGCAGCACCACCACUGGUUUCUCUCAGUUGACAAGUGCUAAGUCUGGGCCUCUGGGCUUCAGCUUCUCACAGCCUGCUGCAGCCCCCUCUGUCUCUGCUCAGAUCAAUCCACUAACAACUAACAAUAGCAGCGGUUCUACAAAUGCUCUGCAGUUCACCUUCUCCCAGCCAGCCGCUCCCUCCAGUUCGAGCACCACCCAGGCGUCCACGACCCAGCCCACCACCCCAUCUUCUUUCAGCUUUUCAGUUAAGCCCUCCCAGCCACAGACCACAGCUGUUUUUAGUGGUUUUGGUCAGAGUCCAGCUUUUGGUGACUCGUUAGGUCAAGCAGAGACCAGCACAGAUGAGAAAAAGAACAAUCUGGAGGCCUCAGGGGAAACAAAUAUAUUUGCACGACUUGGCAAAGGCACCAAGCGCAAGGAGGAUCCAGUGGUCCCAAGCCGUGGCCUUGAGAAGCCUGACGCUGAGGAGGAUGUCUCAGCAGAAUCAGAUUCACCGAGACACCCCUCAAAGAGGCCCCUAAUGAGGUCCCGCGGCCCAGUGGGAGGCUUAUUCGGUCGGGCACUAAGUAGUCUUCGUAAAGAAAGCCCUAACACAGUCAGGCGAGAGGCCACAAGGGAGACUCCGCAACAGGCACUGAAUUGGGAGGAGACAGAAAAGGAAGAUGUCCAAGGUCAAGGUGACAGCUUGACUGUUACACAACCUGCUGUACAAGCCCUCACCAGGGAUGUGCUGGACAAAGCUGAGGAGUCAGAUUCUGCAAAAGCCGCCGACCCUCAGCUGGAGACCGUCACCCCCACUAAACGUGGCGUGCGCAGGGAGAGCUCGGAGGGCCUCAGCGGCAUGUCUCCCACUGACUGCACCUCCCUCCAGUGCAGGAACAUUCCUCCAGGCCUGAACAAGAAGGACAUAAUCGAGAAACACUUUGGUCGUCACGGCAAAGUCUCGAAGGUUUUUUGUAAGCCUGCGAAGAACCUGGCCUUUGUGCACUUUGAAGACCAUGCAUCAGCAGCAAGGGCCAAGAAGAAAGGCAAACUUCUUCAUCGGCAUGAACUCUUACUCUUGUGGCAUAGGAAGAAGCAGAGUCCAGGGGAGAAAGGAAGCCGACCUGCAGCAGGAAGUGAGGAGGCACAGGGAGAAAGCCAGGCGGACCAUGAGUCCAGACCUGCUUUCUCAACCAACAGAAGAGCUCCACUCAGAGCUCCUGCAGUCAGCAGCUCCUUGACUUUCAGCCGCAGCUCCCCAGUGAAGAGGUCAACAUUGGCCAAGUCUCUUCAGUUUGAUGCUGAGCCCCAGAGAGAGAGCAGCAUAGAGUCCCAGAGCUCCGAGCGCCCAAUGCCCUCCUCCCUCCUCCACCUCAUUGACCAGGCGGCGGACAACGCUGAGGAGAAGUACCGCCUCCUGGAGCAGCGAGACAAGAUCCUACGUCAAGGUCGGCCGAAGCGAACAGACCUGAAUCUAUCCAAGGUGUUUGUGGGGACAUGUCCUGACAUGUGUCCAGAGAAGGAGAGGUACAUGAGAGAGACACGGAACCAGCUGAGCAUAUUCGAGGUCAUCCCAGGAACAGAGAUGGUGUAUCACGCUGCAGCAAUCAAAGAGUACAGUCGCUCAUCAGCCGACCAGGAGGAGCCCCUGCCCCAUGACCUGCGCCCCCUGCCGGUGCUCAGCAUGACCAUGGACUAUCUGGUGACUCAGAUCAUGGAUCACGGCGAUGACAACUACCGUGACUGGUACGACUUUGUCUGGAACAGGACCCGUGGUAUCCGUAAGGACAUCAUCCAGCAGCACCUGUGUUGCCCACACACGGUGUCACUGAUUGAAAAGUGCACACGCUUCCACGUGCACUGCGCCCACCAUCUCUGCGAGGAGCGUCUGUCGUCGUUCGAUGCCAAGAUCAACAACGAGAACAUGACAAAGUGCCUGCAGAGUCUCAAAGAGAUGUACCAGGACUUGGCAACGCGUCAAAUCUACUGCCCCUGUGAGGCAGAGUUCCGCCAGUACAACGUGCUGCUGAAGCUGGAUGAUGGCGACAGCCUGCGUGAGGUGCAGCAGUUCCGCGACGAAGUGCGUAACUCGCCUGAGGUGAAGUUUGCAGUUCAGGCGUUCUCUGCAGUCAGCAACAACAACUUUGUGCGUUUCUUCAAGCUGGUGAAAGGAGCCUCGUACCUCGCCAGCUGCCUCCUGCACAGAUAUUUCAAUCAGGUCAGAGCUAAGGCCCUGAAGACCCUGAACAUUGCUCACACCACAGGUCCCCGGUCCACUGCCUUUCCAGUUGAGGACAUUACUCGGAUGUUUAUGUUCCUCGACACAGCAGAAACGAUUGACUUCCUCCAGCAGUACGGCCUUAAUGUCAACGACGGUAUAGUUGAGCUGAGUCGGACAGCGUUCCAGGAGCCAGAGCUGUCUCUUUCCCAGAAGAAGUCUGUGGUCAUCCUGGCAAAGAAACCUGUGUUGGUCGGGGAGGUGGUGAACGGAGGCUCGCUCCCCAGUCCUCCCCAGCACAACCCGGUCAGCAGCUUUGACUCCCAGAACAAGUUCCGUGGAGAGGCAACUCAGGCUGAGUCCUCCUCAAGCCAGUUCAGAGCUUUCGCUGCCAAGCUGGAGGUGAAGGCCCCGCCCAGCGUUGAGCCACUGUUCCAGGUCGCGCCACGUCCCGACACUCCCUCUGAGUUUGUGCUGCCUCCAGCUGCUACAAAUGUGCUGAGUGAAUCACAUUUCGGUUCAGCCCAGCCGCCCGAUGUGCAGCAGCUCUUCCAACCGGUACCUGAACCUCAGCCCGUCACAGCACCAUCUCCUCCGGCCGCACCUCGGCAUGUGUACAGCAACGAGGAAAUCAUGGCUGAACUGGACGGUGUCAUCGAAGAGGUGGUCGUAGCAGCAGCGAGGGAAGUAGCCGUCGUCGGGGCCAGCUACGCAUCAACAGCUCUUGCUGAGAGCAGUGUGCAGGUGGAGUCCCUGGUGAGUGAGGUGUUGGUGCAACUGCUGCAGGAGGUGUCCUCCACCGAGAUCAGGGAGGAACAGGAGCGUGUUGCUGAAGAGAAACAUAAGCUUGAAGAAGCCAGGAGGAGGCAGGAGCACACGGCUUUCCUGGCUCAGUUCAGCUGCUCCAUCUGCACAGAGAUCCUCCACGAAGUUUUAGAUGAGACCAUCAAGGAAACUUCCACCUCUGAGAUCCAGCUGGCAGUGAAUGAGAAGGCAGACCGUGUGGCUACAUGCACAGAGCAGGUCUGCACCAGUCUAGUUGAGGAGACUCUGAAAGCAGAUAUUGCUCUGAUUGUUGAAGAAAUCCUGGAUGAUGAACUGCAGCGUAUCCACAAGUACAUCAAAAGGUGGCGUGAUGUGGUCGCGUUCCGUCGGCAGCUGAAGCGACAGAUGAGAGGUUUCCCUGCAGCUCCGUGCUGUGUGGACCCCCGAUUCAAACUCAAGGCUCUCGCUCCCAGCGCCCCUGCACGGCCCUGCAUGGAAGACCUGGCCCGUGGUCUGGUCAACCUGGGAAAUGCCGGCACCUUGGCCAUGUCAAGCACCAGGUUAUUCAGAAUGAGGCAAGAAGCAAUCCACCAGAUGAGAGUCCACUACUACUAUCAGCAGCUGCUUGAUGAGAUGGUGUGGGCGCCGCUCGACCUGCCGGCGCUGGUGUCAGAAAACAUCCCCGACCCACCGGAGCGGAUCUACUGGAAGAUGGCUCUCCUCUUACCAAGCAACCACGAGAGUGUGGCUAGCCUGGCCGACAGGAUCCUGUCAGACUGGCUGGAGGUGAAACUCGGCGGGGACAAGGCGUCGGAGGUCGGGGAGGAGCAGCCUGAUGGAACUCUGCAGACCCUGUGUGUCACCAACUCGCUGCAGGAGAGAGGACCACACACUCACAAAGUCCACAUCAGCGUCAAGGCGUCCCGAGGCCCACUCACUGAAGACAGCCUGUCUAAAAUGGAGGAGAGCUGCGAGCUCUCUGGAACAGGAGCUCUGAUCAUGUUGCUUCCUGCCAUGCCGGCCAUCGAGGGGGGGCAAGACGAGCAGGAUGUACCUCUGCUGUCAGCUCUGCUUCAGCUUAAACAGCUACAGCAAACCAGCACCUGGCAUUGCCCACUGCCGCUGGUCAUUCUGGUGCCAGGACCUGAUGGUGGCCCUGGUGAUACACAGAAACUUGUCGAAGCCCUGAUGCUGCAGAUGAUGGUCAUGGAAGGACUGAUAUCAGAGUUCACGUUCUUCUUCAUACCAGAGACCACGAGUGACGUCCAGGGAUCCAAACAGCUGAGCCACGCUCUGCGUUGGUUGCUGUCCCGCGCUCCACCAUCCCUCCCCCUGUCCUGCCAGAGCCUGGUGCAGCUUGUAGAGUCCAGUUUGAGUCGCGAGUUCACUCCCAGAGUUUACGGCCACCGCCAGGAGCGAGGCGUCGCUUGUCUUCCUUCCCAGGACCCCGCGCCCAUCAUCCAGCUGUACAAUGCCGUCCUGGCUCACAUUGCUGACACAGCGUCAUCAGAGGAUCUCUGUAAACUCUCGUGGCCGCCGGGCGAGUUCUGCCUGCCUGAAACCCGAGACUUUGUUCCUCACCUGGGCUGGAACUCAGCUGAACACCUGGCCUGGCUACGGGAAGCCAUCCUCAGCCUGCAGCUGCCACAGUGGGAGAAGCUUUCUUCCACCGACUCAUGGUGUGAACUCUGCUCCUCCAUCUAUUGCUACGCUGCUCAGAUCCCGGUCUCUUACCACAGUCAGCCUCUUCUAAUGUCAAGACUGGAAAACCUUCUGGAAAGGGUCCGGCUAAAGGGUCACUGCACCCGGGCCAACAGAUCCGAGGCCGCCAUGGGAAGCUGGGGCACUGGAGAUGAGGGUGUGUUAACGGCCUAUAGUCAGAUCCCUUGGGAUGACGUGCUGGUGAUUUGCAUUGACCACAAGCUGAAAGACUGGCAGAUACCAGGAUCACCUGCCUGUGAAGAUGCUGUGACAGAGGAUGGAGAGAUCCUGAUUUACUUCCUCACAGAGUCCCUGAAGGGUUUCCAGCCCCCUGAGGAGUGGACCCAGGCCACCAGACAAACACACAGGGAGAAGCAGCGGUGGCAGGAGGAGGAGGAGGAGAGAGGGGCAAGUGCAGCUGCGCGUGCCUCCCCCACCGGUCUGUCCCUCAGACAGAGGUUGUUCCACAGUACGGCAGAGCCGCUCGAGGCAGCGGCAGCAUCAUUGGACAUCACACACACUCCAACAACACAAGAGCUGCUGGCCCACAAAGUCCUGCAGAGUUUAGAGGAGGAGAAGGUUGAAAGCACGAGGAGCCUGGAGCAGCUUCAGCGUUGGCUGGAUGGCGACCCCUUAGAGCAUUUGUCCUCGCCGCUCUUCAUUCCCUCCUCCACCCUGCUCUCCAGGCCCACAACCAGGAUUCACUCCCCCACAGCCAAGACGAGAGAUGCCCCACUGACACAGGAGCCUGAUGAUCCGUUGGAGAAUUCAUCGUGGCCUAAAACCAUCCCUGUGUCGAUGGCAUGGCGGCUGAAGGAGCUUGAGCGGCAGAUUUUGGCGAGCCAAGAGGAAGAGCUGGCCUGCAGACUGAAGCUGAGCGGCCUGCUGAGCAUUGUCGACGACUGACGGACUGUUGCUGCAGAAAUAUCUUCAUUGUUACACAAAUGUUUGGAAAGAAAGGAGACGUGGGACUUUUGUCAGCAAACCACUUUGGAUUUGCUGAGCUCAAGCUGAGUCUGUUGCUAAAUGAGUUCAGUGUGUGUGUGUCAUAAAUGUCUGGGUGUUUGCAAGUGGAGAAUAUAACCAAGUGUAAAAGAUUUUUACACUUGGUUUAACUUUGUACAGUUAGUUUAGCAUAGUUUUGAAAAUAAGUGCAAAUACAGGAUCUAACUGUGUGUUGGUUUUUACAUAAACUUGAUGAGAUGCUGAUUCCUGAUCUGUGUGAUAAUCAGCUUGAUCUUGUCUGUCUGUAACAUAAAGUGAAGCACUUGUUUUUUACUUGUACAGUGAAAUGCUUCUGCUUUAAUUUGAUCUUUUUACUUGUGAAAUGUUCGAUUAAUCAAAUAAAAAGUGUUAUUUUUCAUAUAAACUA